UAUUUUUCCAAAAUGAAAUGAAAUGGCCAAGGGCCUAGAAUAUGGUCUAUUUUAAGAUGCUUUUAAAAGAAAGAAAGAAGAAGAAGAAAAGAAUGUGACGAAAAGAAAAAUUAACACCAGAACGAGGCUGCAGUAAUUUCGCGCCAAAACUUCAAUAUUGAGCCAACAAUAAAAAGUCAGCGGCUAACCGAAGAAGAGAAAAAUGGCGGCCAAGAUGUUUGUUUGUAAAGUUUUUCACGUUUUCUAAUCAAAAGCUAUCUUGAAAUUGUGUUUGGUGCUUAUAUGCGCACUUAUAACUAAAUCAAAGCCUUCUUCAUGGAUGAUAAAGAACUCAGUGCGGAUGACCUUCGAGAAAAGCUCUUUCAUACCUUUCAAAGUCGAGGCGUCCUCGAAUCACUCAAGUCUCAGCUUAGGAAUCGUCUAGUGAAUGAGCUACAACAAACAGCAAAAGCAAAUCUUGCAAAUGGCAAGAAGAAAAUUCCCGAGGAGCCAUUGCUGUUUUAUCAUGCGGCCAAUAGUUUAGUGGUGGACCAUCUAGAGAAAUGUAACUUUGAUUACACGUUGUCUGUUUUCCUACCUGAAUGUGGAACAUCAAGAGAUAAGAUAUAUACAGUGAAGGAUCUUUUGCAUUUGCUUAAAGUUGAUCAAGAUUCUCAAUUGUAUAAGUCCUUGGAAAGCUCCUUAUCCAGUAAAAUUAACUCUAAAAGUUUCUUAUGGGAAAUAGUUUCCCAGUUUUCUUCRUUAUGUGGACACAAUAAGCAAAGCUCAGCAGUUCAAACAGAUGAUUGUCAUUCUGUCAAGUCGCCUUCUGUUGCUGAAAAGCUAAAGUUUGUUGAUAAGACAUUCUUYGGCCAAGCAGAACGAGACAAUGAAACAUGGAGUUUACAAUCAGAACAAAAGAUUAUGGAYUUCCAGAAAAAGUGUGAAGAAAGAAAGAAGGCUGAGCUUUCUGCAGAGAUACAAGAACAAGAAGCAUAUGAUCAAAGACAGAAGAUCCUUGARGACAUGCAGGCUGUUAAAGAUAGAGAGGGUGACUUAAAAAGAAAACAGGAAUUGCAAGAAAGAUCUCUAAAACUUGAGGAAGAGAAAAUUAAAGUUGAUGCUGAAAAGCUUAAAGAAAAAGAGAUGGGACUACGAGAACAAGAGUCAAGAAUGCAACAAAAAAUAGAGGAUGAAAUACAAAGGUUUAAACUCCAGCACCAAGAAAAUUAUCAAAAGAAACUACACGAAUUGGAAUUACGAGAAGUUCAGUUUCAACAAGACAAGCAAAACUUUGAUGAUGUUAAAGAGCAAUACAAAGGGUAUUAUAAUGAGCUUGAGGAGAAGAAGGAACAACUAAGAAAACUUCAGAGUCAGUUAGAAGCUUCCAAGUACAAUAUAGCUAACCUCCAGCAACAAAAAGACGCCCUUUUGCAUAAGCUAGACGAGGUUAAAGAUUAUAGUACCAUUCGAAAAAAUGAAAACGCACUGCAGAUGGAGAAGGCAGAGCUUCAAAGACUUCUUGAAGAUGAGCGUAGCAAAGAGAAAGCGUACAAGACCACAAUAAAAGAAUUAAAGGAUAAAAAUUCAAAACCAUCCACUGAACUGGUUUCUGUUCGUAAUGAGUUGAAGAAUCUCAAAGAAGAUGCCCAAAACAAAGACAAAUUGUCAAAGGAAAGGCAAAAGAAACUGGAAGUGCGACUUCAACAAGAGAACCAYCGUUGUAAGGAAUUUCAAAGACUGUAUGAAGAAGGCCAUAUGAAACUGAAAGAAAUGGAGCGAGAAUCGGAAGACCUUCGAGCUGCUUUACACCACACGCAGACUUUGCUGAGAAUGGAACUUGAACGAAGGAGGUUCAGCGAGGCUUCUGUCUCAGAUGUAUCACUGUCAAGCCCACCUCCUGAACCAAACACAAAUACUGUAGAAUAUGCAGCGCGGCCAAGACAGAACUCUGAUAGGAAUGGUGCAGAGAUGAAUGAUACUAAAACCACACAGGAACUCAUUGCAAACUCCAAAGAAGUGUUUGAUAAACUAGAAAAAGAUGCAAAGGAUUUGGAGGAAUCGUAUCGACGUUUCCAGUCUCGCAUGAAGAACACAGGUCUGGACCAGUUUACAAGUGUACCACCGGUAUCAUUAGAAAAGCACCCUACUCUCCCAACACCUGGCAACACUGUAGGAGCACAGCCUCUAUUGGCAGUGGCCUCGAAACAGGACAAAGCUAAUUCGCAAGACAAUUUUGUUCCGUUGUCAUGGGUACCAGCUAGUGAUAACAAAGGUCACGAUGUUCCUAUUCCAUAUUUGGCAAGUGGUCACGUGAGCAGCUCCUUGGAUCCCCAACAGUUUACACAAUCAGUGUUGCUAAGAGACGACACGACGCACGGUGGCAGUGGUACACGGUUUUAUUCCUUACCAUCUUUUGGUGUCUCUGAUCUUACCCAGAAUACAACAGCACCAAGAUACUUUGGUUUAUCGACGAUCAACAAGCGACCACCAAACAACACCGUCAAUGUUAGUGAUUUAAUCGCUAAACCCGGUUCACCUUCAGUGAUAUCAGCUCCAAUAGACCAUUCCUCAAUACCAAGUACCAUUACAGACACCAGUAAACCCUACAAGAACACUGGUUAUUCCUCUGGAGAAAUGACGAGACGUCCUCUGUCGAGCACCAUUGGCCGUGGAAAUGAAGGCAGUGGGAUGUCGUCACGUGAAACGGGCUUUCUGACGUCAUCUGAUGUACAAAAAGGCAGUGCYCAAGCCUCGCAUGUUCCUGUGAUCGACGGGAGUGUUUUUCACGGGAGAAAAAGUGAUACUGAAAGUGAAAACGAGUCUCAUCGAAGCAGUGAUGCGUCUUURAGUGCAGGGUAUCUGUCCUUGGGUACCUUAAACAAACCCGAUAGAACUUCAGAUGGCAAACAACUAAAAAAACACGUUGAUACAACUCAACAUGAUAAUCAAGAAAAUACAAAAAAUGAUUCUGCGGGUAGAAUAUCUCUAGAUACUGCAUGGGGCGGUACAACAGAUUAUGAAAAUAUUGAAAGACAGCAAAGCCUUGGCGGGGAAUCUAUKAAAUCGGAUCAUUCAUCUCCAGAACAGGUUCAACGGCCACCAAUUACUUUAGAUUCUGCAUGGAAGAACAACUCCAAAGUAAAGACCGAUGAURAUUUCGCUGCGAGUAAAGAGCGUGAUUUAUUGCGUGAGAAAAGUGAACUUGAAGAGCGUAAUAAAUUACGCGAGCACGAAGAACGUGAACGUCAAACCCGUGAACGUAAGGAACGCGAGAUACGUGAACUAGAACUCGAGAAAAUUCGUGAGCGUGAACAACKCGAAUGGGAAGAAGAACARCGUAAACGCGAAGAACUGAGGCGUCAACGCGAAGAAGAAGCGUGGGAACGUGAACAACGWGAACUUGCGGAAUUACAACGUAAGCAAGAAUYACAAGAACGUGAAAACGCAAAACAAGGAGUARWAGAAGAGAGCACUGMSAAGCGGGAAGUAGUACAGGAAGACAAAGCUGAAACAGAACAACAAGAAGRUGUUAAAAAAGAUCCCGACAUUGAUCCAGUGAUGUUGCAAUAUAUGCAAAUGAUUCAAUCGAAGAGAGAAGAAGAACAGAAGGUACCUGAAACAGUCUCCUUCACGAUUCCAAGCGCCAUCUCANUGAAACUGAAAGAAAUGGAGCGAGAAUCGGAAGACCUUCGAGCUGCUUUACACCACACGCAGACUUUGCUGAGAAUGGAACUUGAACGAAGGAGGUUCAGCGAGGCUUCUGUCUCAGAUGUAUCACUGUCAAGCCCACCUCCUGAACCAAGCACGAAUACUGUAGAAUAUGCAGCGCGGCCAAGACAGAACUCUGAUAGGAAUGGUGCAGAGAUGAAUGAUACUAAAACCACACAGGAACUUAUUGCAAACUCCAAAGAAGUGUUUGAUAAACUAGAAAAAGAUGCAAAGGAUUUGGAGGAAUCGUAUCGACGUUUCCAGUCUCGCAUGAAGAACACAGGUCUGGACCAGUUCACAAGUGUACCACCGGUAUCAUUAGAAAAGCACCCUACUCUCCCAACACCUGGCAACACUGUAGGAGCACAGCCUCUAUUGGCAGUGGCCUCGAAACAGGACAAAGCUAAUUCGCAAGACAAUUUUGUUCCGUUGUCAUGGGUACCAGCUAGUGAUAACAAAGGUCACGAUGUUCCUAUUCCAUAUUUGGCAAGUGGUCACGUGAGCAGCUCCUUGGAUCCCCAACAGUUUACACAAUCAGUGUUGCUAAGAGACGACACGACGCACGGUGGCAGUGGUACACGGUUUUAUUCCUUACCAUCUUUUGGUGUCUCUGAUCUUACCCAGAAUACAACAGCACCAAGAUACUUUGGUUUAUCGACGAUCAACAAGCGACCACCAAACAACACCGUCAAUGUUAGUGAUUUAAUCGCUAAACCCGGUUCACCUUCAGUGAUAUCAGCUCCAAUAGACCAUUCCUCAAUACCAAGUACCAUUACAGACACCAGUAAACCCUACAAGAACACUGGUUAUUCCUCUGGAGAAAUGACGAGACGUCCUCUGUCGAGCACCAUUGGCCGUGGAAAUGAAGGCAGUGGGAUGUCGUCACGUGAAACGGGCUUUCUGACGUCAUCUGAUGUACAAAAAGGCAGUGCYCAAGCCUCGCAUGUUCCUGUGAUCGACGGGAGUGUUUUUCACGGGAGAAAAAGUGAUACUGAAAGUGAAAACGAGUCUCAUCGAAGCAGUGAUGCGUCUUURAGUGCAGGGUAUCUGUCCUUGGGUACCUUAAACAAACCCGAUAGAACUUCAGAUGGCAAACAACUAAAAAAACACGUUGAUACAACUCAACAUGAUAAUCAAGAAAAUACAAAAAAUGAUUCUGCGGGUAGAAUAUCUCUAGAUACUGCAUGGGGCGGUACAACAGAUUAUGAAAAUAUUGAAAGACAGCAAAGCCUUGGCGGGGAAUCUAUKAAAUCGGAUCAUUCAUCUCCAGAACAGGUUCAACGGCCACCAAUUACUUUAGAUUCUGCAUGGAAGAACAACUCCAAAGUAAAGACCGAUGAURAUUUCGCUGCGAGUAAAGAGCGUGAUUUAUUGCGUGAGAAAAGUGAACUUGAAGAGCGUAAUAAAUUACGCGAGCACGAAGAACGUGAACGUCAAACCCGUGAACGUAAGGAACGCGAGAUACGUGAACUAGAACUCGAGAAAAUUCGUGAGCGUGAACAACKCGAAUGGGAAGAAGAACARCGUAAACGCGAAGAACUGAGGCGUCAACGCGAAGAAGAAGCGUGGGAACGUGAACAACGWGAACUUGCGGAAUUACAACGUAAGCAAGAAUYACAAGAACGUGAAAACGCAAAACAAGGAGUARWAGAAGAGAGCACUGMSAAGCGGGAAGUAGUACAGGAAGACAAAGCUGAAACAGAACAACAAGAAGRUGUUAAAAAAGAUCCCGACAUUGAUCCAGUGAUGUUGCAAUAUAUGCAAAUGAUUCAAUCGAAGAGAGAAGAAGAACAGAAGGCAAAGACUGCGCAAUCAACAAAGCAGGGAAAACCUGACAAAGAUGCUGAUGASACACCAUCCAACUCCAUUUUGUCUCAAGGCGCCGAGGAAGGAAGUUUGGAUGACUUUUCWGGCGACGAUGGGUUUGACUGGGGUUAGAGAAAUCUUCUAUUUGGUAUUGUUUGGUAUCUUCAUGAAUAUGUUCGUAUUUCGAAUCAUAAUGUCAAUAUAUUAUCUUCAUAUAUUAUCGCAUUUGUAUUGUAUAAAGCCUUCUCAAUAAUAAUAAUAAAGUCUUUAAAAUGUGAAUACUACUAAAUCUAAAUCAAACAGUUGUUAUUCAAUGUACUCAGGGUGGUUUCACCCGAAUGCAACAGUAGUACGACUAUUAAACUUAACAAAUUUA